AUGGCCGCAGCAGAGGGCUUGACGGACAACGUCUUCGAUCUCGAACACGUCGCCCAACACAACAAGCCAGAAGACGCGUGGAUCAUAGUCCGUGGCAAAGUCUACAAUGUCACAAAUUAUUUCGACGACCACCCCGGUGGGAGGAAUGUUUUGAUGGAGGUGGCGGGAUCAGAUGCUACGGAAGAUUUCGAGUAUACGGAUCAUUCUGAUGACGCCCUACGAACUAUGGAGGGUCUCCUCGUGGGGACUUUACUAGGCGGGGCCAAGAUCCCAGACCCGCAAAGCGAACGGGCUGGAGACUUGCGGCUGCUGCGGUAUUGGUGCCCGUUUUCGUCUUUUUGA